CGGUCCUUCUUCAUUAAGCAGAAGCUUACAUAAAUUUUCUGUCAAUGUCGAGGGGUUGGAGUAAAUUCUUCUUGUUUCAUAGGAAAAGAGAAAAAUGAAAUGGAAAGAAUGGAGGAAAGAGAACGGCCCCGCUAUAUGGUCGGUGUUUUCUUUUCAGCGAUUUAAUAAUCUUCCCGAAGUCAUUUUUCCUUUCCACAAGUUAUGUGUCUUAUGGGAAACAUAUGAUAUGAUCUCUAUAACUUUCAUCUUCCAGGUUCUUCUUAUAUUGCCGGUGUGUAGCGAUAUAUCAGAUAUGAUGAUAUCAUAUGGGUCUCGUAGCAUCACGCUAGUCGUCUGGAUUGUUUGUCUGAAUACUAAGACAUGCUUCUCUGGCAGCGUACAAUAUCAGAAGCUGGCCAUUACCACUAGUGUAUCAACCUUUGCUGAACCAAAGAUCACUAUCGAAACGGAUUUGUAUUAUAUCAAGUCCAUCGAGCUCUCGUCUAUAAAACUCUCCAUCUUCGCCCCGGUCACAGAUCAUUAAGGGUGCACAGGAUAGCUCGUGAAAAAAAAACCAUCAGACAAAAAAUUAUUCUAGAAACACCACGUGGAGAAAAGAAGUCCACGACAGAAGAUAGAGAGGGCCA